GUCAGUGCGGGAUGAUGAACAUGGAGCGGAGAGGCGCUGGGUUCGUCUCGGGUGACCUGGGCAGGACCCUGUGUCUCAUCACGGGAGCGUCCCGGGGUCUGGGCUGGUCGCUGGCCGUGGCACUGGCCCCCAGGCUGAAACCGGGCUCCCACCUGGUGCUGGUGGCCAGGUCCGGGGAGAGCUUGCGGCAGCUGGAGGCUCGGCUGCUGGAGGGUAGCCCGGGCAGAGCGGGCCAGCUCCGGCUCAGCCGUGUUGAAGCAGACCUGAGCGGGGAAGAGGGUUUACAGCGGGUCCUGAAUGCGGCGGACUGCAGCCGGGCACCAGAUCCCGACAGACUCCUGCUCAUAAACAACGCGGGUGAGGACACAUUCCACCCCCUUCUCUUCCCCAGCAACUCUUUCCCGAUGCAACACAAAUGUGGCAUUUCAUUCCCUUCCUGAGUGUGACCUAAAGCAGAACCACCGGGUGGCAACAACGUAUUGCUACAGCUCUCUCAGUUGCUCAGUUUCGCGAACGCUUCCUGCAUGAAUGAUCUGAAAGAGCACGGUGGUCGUGCCCCUACCUCACAGCCAGGAGGCCCACGUUCAGGCUCCAGAGGUGUGCAGUAACAUUAGGCCACACCUAGAGUACUGCAUUCAGUUCUGGUCACCACAUUACAGGGAGGAUG